CGGCCCCAGAGGCGGCAGAGGAGGCACCUGAUAAAGGCUGCCCGGCUGCUGCUGCUGCUGCUGCUGCGUGCAUUGGCUCGGGCGCUGGCGAGAGGUGGCCUGGCUGCGCUGGCUCGGGGCCGCUGCCAUGGGGCCGCUGCUGGCGCUGGGGCUGCUGGUGUGCGUGCAGCUGAGUGCGGGCUCCGGGGAGCUGCGUCUGGUGGGCGGCGGCGGGCGCUGUGCCGGGAGAGUGGAGGUGAAGCACGACGGUGAGUGGGGCUCCGUGUGCGUCUUCGACUUUGACUGGAAAGCCCUUUGGGCCAGCGUGGUGUGCCGGCAGCUGGGCUGUGGCCAGAAGGCCUUGGCAUCCCCGCACGCCCCGUUCGGGCAGGGCACCGGGCGGAUCUGGCUGCACCCCUACUAUUGCCUCGGUACCGAGAAAGGGCUGGAGGAGUGUCCACACUUUGGAUGGGGACAGCACUUCUGUGACCGUCACUGGCAUGCGGGGGUGACGUGCACAGAUGCCGUGGAGCUGAGGCUGGCGGGCGGCGGCAGUCCGUGUGUCGGGAGAGUGGAGGUGAAGCUGCAGGGACAAUGGGGCUUGGUGGCCGACCCUGAAUGGGACAUGGAGGAUGCGGAGGUGGUUUGCCAGCAGCUGGGCUGUGGCUCGGCUGCCGGUGCCUACUCUGCCCGCGAGCACUUCGGCAAAGGGGAUGGGCCUGUCAGUGUUGCCAGGGUGAACUGCGAUGGGUCCGAGGCCGCUCUCUGGGAAUGCUGGAUUGGAGGUUGGGGAUCCUAUAAAGUCGAUUUCCAUGACUGGGACGCUGCCGUUGUCUGCCAAGGAUUUUCCCGGCUGGUCGGAGGGGCCGGAGCCUGUGCCGGGCAGCUGGAGGUGCGGCAGGGCCGGGCCUGGGUUGGUGUGUGUGAGGAUCAGGUGGACAUGAAGGCGGCCCAGGUGGUGUGCAGGGAGCUGGGCUGCGGGGAGCCGCUCGCCAUGGCCGGCAGUGGCCGGUUUGGGGCGGCAUCGGCAUCGCUCUGGGACGGCGGCUUCCAGUGCAAUGGCACCGAGCCCCUCCUCAGUGCCUGUGCCCGGCGUCCGGCCCCGAGCCAGGGCUGCAGCGGCCGUGCCAGCAUCAUCUGCUCCCCCUACACGGGCUUCCGCCUGGGGAACGGCAGCUCGGGAUGCUCCGGCCGCGUGGAGGUGGCCGUGAGGGGGACGUGGGGGUCCGUGUGCGCCAGCGAGUGGGACCUGCCCGACGCGCACGUCCUGUGCCGCCACCUGGGCUGCGGCCGCGCCCUCUCGGUGCCCCCGGGAGGCUCCUUCGGCGGCGGGGAGGGGCCGCUGCGGCCGGACACCUUCGGCUGCAGCGGGAGCGAGCGGCACCCGGGCCAGUGCCCCGUGACCGUGCUGGGGAAGGCUCCGUGUGCCCCCGGGAACGCCGCUGCUGUCAACUGCUCAGGCAUUGUCGAGUCCCUGCGGCUUGUGGAGGGUGAGACCCAGUGCGAUGGGUGGCUGGAGGUGGCCAUAAGCUCUGGGGCGUGGCGUCGUGCGCCGGAGGAGCUUUUGCUCAUAGGGAAUUUCAGUAAGGUGUGCAGGGAGCUUGGCUGUGGAGAACUGGAGAGGAGUGAAGGAGUCCCUGGCCCGGUCACCAUAUGGGACCGGAACGAGACAGAGAGAGCCAGCACGGAAACUGGGCUCAGAACUGUCACGGCGAUGACACCUGUGCUGACCAAGAUGUCCGAAGAUCUGUCCAACAAUUCAUUUGACUACGACAGAACAAUUUCAUCCUUACAGAGUUCAACCACUGCACCAGCCAACAUCCCUCACGGGGUGUCCAUCGUCUGCUCAGGCAGCCGGCGGGUGAGGCUGGUGGGGCGCUCAGGGCGCUGUGCCGGGCGCGUGGAGGUCUAUUCCGGUGGCAGCUGGAGCAGCGUGUGCCAGGAAGGCUGGGACCUGCAGGACGCUGCCGUUGUGUGCCGGGAGCUGGGCUGUGGCAGGGCCCUGGAGGCCCCGAGCUCGGCGCGCUUCGGUGGCGGCACGGGUCCGCUGUGGCCGUACAUGGCCGAGUGCUCCGGGAGCGAGGAGUCUCUCUGGGAAUGCGGGCGCUCGGAAGAGCGCGAGUGCGGGCGCGGCGUCGGGGCAGGGGCCGUGUGCUCAGAGCUGCGGCAUUGGCGGGCACGUGCACGUGGAAUGUGAGGAGGACAGGGAUGGCAGCACUGGGACAGACACUACCCCACGUCCCGUGGGUGCCACCAGCACAGGUGUUCCCAGGAGAAGCACUCGAGUACCGGCCGUGGGGACGGUGCCUGUGUCAACUGUGCUGUGCGUGGUGCUGGGGACGCUGCUGUGCCUG